AUGCCAGCGGGUGUGGCGCUCGUGACCGGAGGCAGCCGCGGCAUCGGCUUCGCCGUGGCGCGGCAGCUCCAUCGUCGCGGCUGGCAGGUGGCCAUCACCUCGCGCGACUUGACGCGCGCGCAGGAGGCCGCGCAGCGGAUCUCGCCCGACGUGCUGCCGCUGGCCUACAGCUGCCCGCGGCGUGGCGAAGGAGACGCCGGCGCUGAAGCCGCGCAGUUGGUGGCUCAAGUGGCCAAGGGGCUGGGCGCGGGGCCCUCCGCGCUCGUCAACGCCGCCGGCAUCUCCAAGGACAGUCUGCUGCUGAGACUGAAGGACGCCGAGCUGGACGAGCUGCUGCUCACGAACCUCGUGGGGCCUGUGCACAUGUGCAAGGCCGUGGCCAAGGGCAUGCUGCAGAGGCGCCAGGGCAGCAUCGUCAACAUCGGCAGCGUGGUGGGCGCGGCUGGCAACGUGGGGCAGGUCGCCUACAGCGCCUCCAAGUCGGGGCUCGCGGGUGUCACCAAGUCGCUGGCCAAGGAGUUCGGCAACCGCAACAUCCGCGUCAACCUCGUGGAGCCGGGCUUCAUCUCCACGGACAUGACGGACGCCAUGGCUGACGCGGCGCGUGAACGCGUGCUGGGCAACAUCCCGUUGGCUCGCUUCGGGAAGGCGGAGGAGGUCGCGCAGCUCGUAGCGUUCCUGGCGAGUGACGAGGCGUCCUACAUCACAGGACAAUGCAUCCGCAUCGACGGAGGACUGGUCAUUUAAACUGGCAGGGGCUGGAAAGGUCUUCUCUUGUGAGGUGCUGGUGCUGAUCUGUUGCCAUCGAUGGAGGCAGUAGAUAGAGUACGGGGGUACUGGAGGUUAGUGGCUAUGCUACGACUGAAGGGUGGAAGCGAAGUGUGUCGUUGCCCUGGACUCCGAGGCGGUAUUCUUCUACAAGACAGACAAUGUUAGGCAGAGGUUAGCGUGACCAUCUUC